CAUUUUCGUUAACCGACGGUGACAAUCGCACUAAACCCCACCCAAGCCUUACAAUGAAUCCUCUGACGGUUGUUGCAGUCCUCUCCUCGAUGGCCCUCUCGGCUCAGGCUGGUCUGGUUGGCGCUCCUCUGGCCGCUGCCCCUCUGGGUGCUCCUCUGGCCUACUCCGCCCCCCUGGGAGCUGCUCCCUACUUCGCCCCGGCUGCGUACUCCGCUCCUCUGGGCUACUCCGCGCCCCUGGGAUACAACGCCCCUCUGGUGGCUGGACCUGCUCCUCUGGUGGCCAAGACCUACGCCGCCGCUCCCUUCGCCGCUGGACCCUACGCUGCUCCAUUUGCUGCUCCUCUGGCUGCUCCAGUUGCCCCAGUUGCUGCUCGCCUGGCUGCCCCCGUUGCCGCUCCUCUGGCUGCUCCAGUGGCCCCAGUUGCUGCCCGUCUGGCUGCCCCAGUUGCUGCUCCUCUGGCUGCCCCAGUUGCCCCUGUGGCCGCUCCUCUGGCUGCCCCAGUUGCCCCCGUUGCCGCUCCUCUGGCUGCUCCAGUUGCUGCUCCCCUCGCCACGGAGAUCGUGGAUGCCCAUCCACAGUACACCUACGCCUACGAUGUGCAGGACACGCUGACCGGUGACUCCAAGACCCAGGAGGAGACCCGUGAUGGUGAUGUUGUGCGCGGAUCCUACUCCCUGAUCGAGCCCGAUGGUUCCCGUCGCAUUGUCAGCUACUACGCCGACUCCGUCAACGGAUUCAACGCAGUGGUGCAGAAGGAUGUGCCCGUGGCUGCUGCCCCAGUGGCUCCAGUUCUGGCCAAGACAGUAGCUGCUCCCGUUGCCCCUGUGGUGGCUGCUGCCCCAGUGGCUCCAGUGUUCGCCAAGACCCUGGCCGCUCCCAUCGUUGCCUAAGGAGGAUUAGCAAAAAGGAGUCGCAAGGAAAGGAUUGACCGCAAUUCGACAAAGGACUUUCAUCUGUACAUAUUCGAUUAAUCAUUGUCGAGCUCUAAAAUAACUUUCAUCGCAAACCCAAAAUUAAAUAAAUUUUAAAAACGA